UGAGAAUAUUGUCCGCCUUUGUAUGUUAUCGAAAAAGGGAAGACCUUGAUUGCUACCAUACCAGAGUGGAUGGGGACGUUAUAAGGGAGGAUACAUCUGUCCUCUUUCUCUGUCUUGUUAUUAUCAUGUACCAUCGUCGAGGCCAAAUAACGAUUAGCCAAUCGUAAGCCACUGAAGUAGUCUUUUCCGUCUUCUCCUUAUCGUAUACUGUCGAAUGCAUUUCCUUCAUGGCACUUUUGGGUUGGUUUCUAGAUCUGGAACGUGUCAAAAGGCUGGAACUGGGAAGUAUGCAGAUAACUAGUGGCUGUCAAGAUCCCUGCCCUUUGUUCGUCGGCCACGCACCGUGAUUAGGUCGAUUAGAACCCUGUUGUUUGUGAUGGUCAACUGAGCGAUAAAAAGACGAGUUGUGAACGGAAGCACUCUCAUUACUGCCAAUGACUUUCACGGCUCCGUACCAGUCCUUAUUCAAGAUAGACGAAAGGCAACUGCUCACAGACUUUGAAGGUAACACACGGACGAAAUUAAAACUCAAAAAGAAAUGUGGAACAGCCAUUAGAAAACACUAACCGCGUUCAUUGAGGCUUUGGCAGCCCAUGCUCGUCUCAUUGAAUUUUUUCUACAAUGCUUAAAAUGUACUGCUUUAAAUGCAUUGCUUUAAAUACGUGACUUUAAUAUCAUAAGCGAAUCCAAUAGCGUGACUAGCUAGUCCAACUUCGAUUUACUCCAUCCAUCGAAUGCGACAGAGUAACCCACGCCAGCGGGCUACAAAGUUGGAGCGAUUAGAGUUACUGACAGAUACAACAUAAAUUUUUUGGAAUAUUUCUACUAAAAAUGUAGACUUUUUGACAAAGGGAGCAAUCAAUGAGAGGAAAAUUAUCCAAAUGAGUGACCAGAGGUUAAAGUUCAUCGAUGUCUAGUCCUGUGUUUUGAGCACGUGACCGCCGGAUGCAAAGACUUGCCCAUCCGGUAUUGCUCUAGCGGAGGGCUGAAAGGAAGCAGAGCAUAAGCUGUUUCAGUAUUUUUCGGUCUUGGAUAUUCUAAGAACUGCCAUAAAGAUGGUUCUCUCUUGUUGCCGGUUGAUCAGUUUACUCGUUGCUUUUAACUUGUUUGGGACUGAACACGCAGAAACAAACCCCAACGGUUUGUGUCUCCGUGAAGAAUCGAAAUCGAGUACUUCAAGUGAAGCGACCUUGACAUCUGAAACAGUCUGCUGUCGACGAUGCAGGUCGACCAUACAAGACCAAGAGAAUCGAAGGAAUACUGUAUUUGAAAAGUGUAUCCAGAAUUGCAAGCAGCAAAGGGAUAUCAAGGAUAACGAAGUUCUUGCACGAUCUAAAAGAAGGGCUCGACGGUCUUCCCUGGAAUACGAAGAGUGUCGCGGUCUUAGGGAUCUUACGGCACCUUCUCCAUGUUCACCAGAGAGGAUGAAGGUCGAAUUCCACACAAUUUCGUCAGAUACUUAUGGUUACAACAUCAUUUGGGAGCCUAUACCGGAAUUUCUUUUUAAAGUCCAUAACAGGACGUGGACUCAUUACUCACUGCUGUAUGAAUUUAGGGACGAUCCUUCACCAGAUAGAAAGGUGAAAUGUCUGCUCGUACCAAAGAAUAACACCAACUGGACACUGAUACAUCAAUCUGCAAAUUUUAAACCAGAAGCUCUCCGUUAUGCGGUCGUUUCCUAUCCAUUUAGAAGCACCUUCUCAGGAGAACAAGCGAUCAAUUUGUCAGAGUUUGAUCCACUGAGACCAACAUUCGUUCCCACCUUCGAUCCCAUUUUUCCCACAAAAGGGAGUGCAAAGUCUUCGGCCUUGGUGUGGCCUAUCGUUGGGGGAUCCAUAGCGGGCGUGGUACUUAUUUCUGCAAUGAUGAUGGCCUUUGUCUGUCGAAAGACCACAUUGCGACCAUUCCACCGUCGAGAUCCUGAACUGCAAGAAGUUAUUCCCAUAGCAAACAGCAGUAGAGUAGAUUCUCAUCUGCCUGAAGUUUAUACCACAGCAAUCAUCAGCAGAGAUCCUCAACUACAAGAAGUUAUUACCAAGGCAAACAUAACUAGAGAUUCUCAACUGUCGGAUGGUGUUACCAAAACAAACAACAGUAGAGAACUGUACUACAGCUGUUAUUACCCAGAGAACGAGGUUUUUCGUACCAGAGUGGCCUCAAUUGUAAACCUCUUCCGGAAACAAGGAUACAACGUCAUUAUGGAUGCCAUGGUGACAAACGAAAUUAGCUCCCAGGGCCCACCGCGAUGGGCAGAGAAUCAGAUAAAGAGAGCCAAGAAGGUGCUAGUGUUCUUAUCUCCUGGUCUGUUGGAACUAGCUUCAAGUGAUGGACGUGAGACUGAAAAUUCGCAGGACAUCAACCGUGUGUGGUAUGAGUUGGAGGUUCUUCGAGAUAUUUACUCUCAAAAUCGCUCAGCAGCAAAAAUGGUGUGUAUUGCUUUCCCAGAUGUGCCAGUCUCGUCCAAAGACUCUCCUGUGUGGCUGAAAGUCAGUUACAGAUGGCCAGAGGAAUUCAACGAGAUCCUGAAGCGGUUAAACGACAGGCCAUCGAUCAAACCAGCGUAAAUUUAUUUUGAAUUGUUACAUAAACGUAACGAAAGCCUUGUUUUCAUACUUUCAUCCGGAUCGAUUUUACAACCGGAUAAAUAACAGCUCUGACCGGAGAAUCAUGAUCAUCUAGGUUGUGAGUGAUCAUCUAGAUCAUCCAAGUGUUUCCUUGAGAUCUUGGAUCUGGUUUAAAUUUAUUCCCUAUGUGAUUGUUACGAUCAGACCAGGCACAUGGAAACUUAAGGCUCUAUGAAUCGCUUCUACUUUCUGAUGAAGUGUACGCGAAUAGUCAUAUGUGGGAGAAGGUAUAUUUCUAAGAAUGUUUCGUGCAGCAGUUCAUAAAAUUUUGUGUCAAAAACCGAUGUUCAGAAGGGAGAGCCUACACGUGUAAAAAAGUUAACAGCGAUAAUAAUUAUCUUAAUGAACAAUUAUUUAUGUAAAUUAAUUUAUAUUCUACUUAAAGGGCAGUAAUCUUCGACACAGAAAUCUUUUCCAAACGGGAUUUAAUAGAAAAAUUAAAAUGACGAAGGGUCAGUUUCAACAGAAAAGAAGCGGUUUAUACGAGUUUCUUUGAGAAUAUCUGAACUUCAUUUUUAAACAUCAUUUUCAAGUUUGUGACACUGGGUACAAUAUAAUUUCCAUAUGUCCUCGAUUAUAUGGAUAUAACACGUAGAUCGUUGACCGCCUAUUAUGUCUGAUUUAAUUGACGGUCACAAAUUUUCCAUUUUUUGUUGGACGACUCUUUUGAUGGUUCAGGAUGAGGGAAGUUUGUAAAUAUCUGAAAAAGCUACUUUGCUUUGCACUGUCCCUUUGUCAUCCCUGUGUCUAUAUGUUUUUUUGUCGCUUUGUGGACAUCUUUUGAACGAUCACAAGCAAAUAGCCAAGAGAGGCUCAGGGCAUUUUUCAAAAGGAUGCCUAAUUGUUACAAGAAAAGGUGUUAAUUAAUAACAAAACAAAUUUGGCCUCGCCAUUUUUGCUCGUAGGACUUUUUAAAGACUUAAGACACCUAAAAGAAACUGUAGCAGUUAGGGAGUGACGGCUCGCGAUUGAAUAGUAACUCACUUUUAAAAAUGGCAAUGAAUGAAUCAUUCUCUUUCAUUCAUAAUGCAAAUUUUUGAAUAUUGUUUUGAACCAGGCUGACACACCUUCAGUUUUCCAAUUACCUGUAACUUAACUCAGGAAGUUGUGUUGAUGACAUAUUCCUAAACAAGGGAAGUCGAUAAUGUCACUUUGAUUUUAAUAAGGCAGGCUUUUGGCUAGACUGAUCCAAAAAGUUCACCGUAAGCUGUUCUGAAAGUCUUCAGUUAAAUCAUCGGACAACUUGAAAAAUGAUGUGCAGGUAGAACUGAAAAAGAAAAAAAAAA